AUGAUUUUUUUUCCAGAUUUUCGUCCCUUCAAACGUGCAGUUUUUUCCCGUGUGAUGGCAUUUUGCGCGACCAACAAGGCCGAGCCCUUCUACGGGCUGCAGGCAUGUCUGAGGCAGCAGCGGGUCGUAGGGCGACGAGGCAACCGGCCGUUGUCUGGGGCGAGGCGUGCAUCCUUGUGUCCGCUUUUCGCCGCAGGUCUGCUGUUUUGUGGAUUUUGGGUUUUGACGGAGCAGCAAGCUGUCAGCAUCACAACCACUUCCGAUCCCCCAGCAGAAGGUGUCAGCUACACAACCACUUCCAAUCCCCCAGCAGAAAGUGUCAGCUACACAACCACUUUCAAUCCCCCAGCAGAGAGUGUCAGCUACACAACCACUUCCAAUCCCCCAGCAGAAAAUGUCAGCUACACAACCACUUCCAAUCCCCCAGCAGAAAGUGUCAGCACACUUAGUGACGUCGACAACAAAGUGCAGCAGCCACAAGACGGGGCCGAGGUGCAACUCGCCCGAGUGACGCAGGUCAAGAGGAGACGGCAAGACAGGAAGGCCAUCACCACAUAUGAAAUUGCCUCUGCUGGUGUGCUCUUUCUAGUGCCGGUGCUCGCCGUCAUUCUUAGUCUCUCGCUCAGCCGUGUGCUCAAUAGGAAAACUUCAACCCUCAAGUCGGCCACAGCCGAGAUCGCCGAGGAAAGCGAAAGCCAGCAGCUUACGGAGCAGGAUCUCUAUACUCUCCUUUUUCCCGAGGAAAAUCGCGGUAGUCUUCUUACAGUUCUUCAAGCGGACAAUGAGAAACGACGGACUGAGGCUACCGGAGGCCGGAGGCGAAAGCACCAGAUGUUCGCCGUCGCGGUAUUGGUUGCUGUCGCAGCGGCCGCGUACGCAGCCCAACAGUAUGGGCCAGCCCUCUAUGAUGCCACCCUGAAGAAUCCGGGAGUUCUGGGUGAUUUAUUGCGGCAAGUCGGAACUCCAGAGGGACGUGCCCAGACUUACGGAAACCUGUCGAAGCAGCUGGUACGCACGCGAAAAAUCCUCGAGAGGUCCACUGUUCCCUUCAGCCUCGUCGGCCUGACAACUCCAGCGGAGGUGGUCAUCGUCGCCUUGACACUCCUGAAUCUCGUUGUGGCGCCGCUCCGGCGCCUGACAAACGCCAUUCGCAUGUUCAGGGUUGUUAGUGCUAUGCGGCAAGUCCGCGAGCGGCAGGGGCCGCUGCAGAGCAUCGAGUUUUUUACCGCAUAUUUCGACAGCCAGGAGGAUCGGCGCUUGCUCCAGCAGUCCAUUACCACGAGCAUGGAUGAGCAAGAACUCAGUACUUUGUCCCCGCCUACGCCUGCGGCCGCCAACCUCGAGCUUUCCUUGCGGAGGCACUGGGCCGAGUUGAAGAUUGCAGAGUUGAAAAAGUCCCGAGGAAACCUACUGCGGCGCGCGCGAGGGGCAGUGGCGACGGCGCCGUCGCGAGAAGACCAGAUGAAAAUCAUGAAAUUGAUGGUGACUUCUCUGCGGGAGAUGGGCGCCGAAAUUCACGAUCAACUUGGUAUCCUCAUGGACGUUAUCAAGGCUCAGCGUGUCGUUCAAGAAAUGCUGCUCUCUGGGUCGCAGCGGCGUGCAAAGUUGGACAAGCUAAACAAGGAGAUUCCCCGUAUCCAGCUUAUCAUCAAGACCGAGGGAGGCAUCGAGGAGCGCCUCGUUGACAGUGCGGAAAAAUUGCUCCACAAAACUCGCCUGGGGAGCCCAUCUCUCGAGGUAGAUGUCCUCUUCGACAUCAUGCAGCCCACCACAGACGCGCGAAGUGCAGAAGCAAGGCCAAAGCAAACUACCCCUGAGGAAACCAUAUCGAAGGAAGCUAGCCCAGAGGAAGCCGGAUCGGAACGAUCUAGUCCGGAACAGUGA